GGAGUCAAGCCGGGUCAAGAUUCGCCCGGUCUAUUCCCCUAAAUCAAAGUCUAUUGUAGAACCCUUAUUUUCCUCCCGCAACCGGUCCCGUUUCUUCAUUGAAGAAUUUGACUCCGAUGUUUAAGAACACGUUUCAAUCCGGGUUUCUUUCCAUUUUGUACAGCCUUGGGAGCAAGCCUCUGCAGAUUUGGGAUAAAGAAGUUGUUGAUGGACAUGUCAAACGGCUGCAAGAUGAAGAUAUCCAAUCCAAUGUCCUGGAAAUUAUUGGGUCGAAUGUCCAGCAAGCAUAUAUAACGUGUCCUGCAGAUCCUAAUGCAACUCUUGGCAUAAAGUUGCCCUUCUUAGUCAUGAUAGUGAAGAAUGUGAAGAAGUACUUCACAUUCGAAAUUCAGGUUUUAGAUGAUAAAAAUGUCCGGAGAAGAUUUCGAGCUUCUAAUUAUCAAGCGGUAACCCGAGUGAAACCCUAUAUUUGCACUAUGCCCUUGAAAUUGGAUGAAGGAUGGAAUCAAAUCCAGCUGAACCUUUCUGAUUUGACCAGGCGAGCUUAUGGAACCAACUAUGUUGAAACUCUUCGAGUUCAGGUUCAUGCAAAUUGCAGGCUAAGGAGGAUAUACUUUUCUGACCGUCUGUAUUCAGAGGAGGAACUCCCACCAGAAUUCAAACUUUACCUUCCAAUGCAGAAAUCUUGAAGAUCUUCUCUUAAAACCAGCAGACGAGGCGCUUUGGUUGUCGACAUUCGCCUGCAGACUGGUAUAUCAAUCUUGGAGUGAAACAUUUUCAUCUUUUGGAAAUGUUGAUUACCCUUGAGUGGGUAGCACCUGGAGUUUAUGUUUCUAGAGUAGUUUAUUAAAGAGUACUUGUACGAUAUCUCAAUUAUUUGUCUUUCACAUAACGUUUGAAGUUAGGUAUAACGUACACAUGGGUAACAUGAUGAGUGUCAUAAUUGUCUUUUUAUAUAAACUGAAGUAUAUGUUGGAAGUGACGAUACAUGAAUAGACUUCUAUCGUCUCUCAAAUAAUAAUGUCCUUUGAAACAUUAA